GGGAUCUCUUGCUGCGUUACAGGUGCGUCCAAGGGAGUAGAGCUAUACACACAGUUCACAACCUCAUAGCAAUUACGUACACCAUCUCCGAUUCUCCGCCCUAAGUUUACACGAUCAACUCAAUUAACAGAGAGAGAAAAUGAGUGGAGCGGGAAAAAAGGUCGCUGACGUUGCAUUCAAGGCCGGCAGGACCAUCGACUGGGAAGGCAUGGCCAAGUUGUUGGUCUCCGACGAUGCCCGCAAGGAAUUCGCCACGCUCCGACGAGCAUUCGAUGAAGUGAACACCCAAUUGCAGACCAAGUUCAGCCAGGAACCAGAACCCGUAGACUGGGAGUAUUACAGAAAAGGGAUUGGCUCUCACUUGGUUGAUAUGUAUAAACAAGCAUAUGAUGAAGUUAAAAUCCCACAAUAUGUUGACAAUGUCACUCCUCAAUACAAACCCAAGUUUGAUGCUUUGUUGGUAGAGCUGAAAGAAGCUGAGCAGAAGUCGCUGAAGGAGUCAGAAAGACUGGAAAAGGAAAUUGCUGAUGUCCAAGAGCUGAAGAGGAAACUAAGUACAAUGACCGCUGAUGAAUACUUCGCGAAGCAUCCCGAACUGAAGAAGAAGUUUGAUGAUGAAAUCCGAAAUGAUUAUUGGGGCUAUUAGUUUUUGCUUCAUGUUGCAUUUCUUCUGGACCAGUUUUAAUCAAACCUUUUUGAGCUCGUCCACAAUUUACGAAUAAGGAGGACUAUUUUGUUUUGUCCUUUCGUUUCUUGGGUUAUUUUUAAGACUGAACCAGGAUAUACAGUCAUUGAGGAUUUGUUAAUGCAACCUCCCAUAGGAGGAUUAACAUGAUGUGUUCAAAUAUUCAAUGUAAUUUCGUAAUCAGAAAGCAUCAUGGAUUUUCCUAGAC